AUGUCGGUCACAACGACAGCGACAACAACAACAUCUGCCCCAGCUGUCGAGGCCAUUUUCCGGUACGAGGAGCCCGACCGGUCUGUCCCCGCCGAGGAGCGGAGUCUUUUCUCCAGGCCAGCACCGAGAAACGUCAGGGAGGAGAAAUUGACCCUCAACGACUACCGGACCGACACAAAGUUGGCUAAGGGUGCUGAGGGCCUCCACAAGCAUGGUUUCACGGUCGUCGAGCACCACAUUGACCCCAGCGCGUGGGCGACCGAGGAAGACAUCCUGCAAACAUACAUCCCGGCGGUGCAAGAACUUGUCGAGACCGUGACGGGGUGCAAAACCGCAAUCGUCAACAAUGUCGCUUUUCGCCGUAAGAAAGCGCGGGAAUAUGAUGCGGACAGGACCUUCUACCAUCCGCGUGGCGGAGAGAUGGACAAGAUGAUUAGUGCACUCCCGUCUGACCGUCCAAUGAUUUCUCCGCAGGAGCCGGAAAGAUCUCUCGAACCGGCCCGCGCUUUGCACGUGGACUACACGCUCAAAGGUCUCCGCGACACGAUCAAAUACUGCCGCGCCGACUUCGCCGAAGCUGGCGCCGAGGCGAUCAAAGCCUACGAGGCAGGAAAUCGAGGACCGCGCGUGGCGGCGUACAGCGUGUGGAGGCCACUCAAGACAGUGAAGCGGGAUCCCAUUGCCGUGUUGAAUUGGAAGUCUCCGGGCAAUAUCCACAACGACCUCCAUACCUUCGACUACCGAGCCAAGGGCUUCCAGGGAGAGUAUCUGCUCGAAGCGUACACCAUCUCGCGACCGCAAAAGCCCGCGGACCACGAAUGGUACUACGUCUCUGAACAGAAGCCACACGAGGUGAUGAUGAUCAAGUUUGCAGAUACGGACAGUGAGCACGAUAAGGACGUUGCGGCGGCUGGGGGACACGGGAGUCCUUUCGUCGUAGGUACCGAGGAUGAGGAACCCAGAGAGAGCAUUGAGGCCAGGGUGCUGGCAUUUUGGUAG